GAUCAAGAUGGCUCCAAUAACAACACUCUAAAAAUCAACAAAAAAGAAGUGAAGAAAAAAAACACAAAAAUUGACAAACCUGCUGAGGAAACUACUGAUGCCUACCAGUUCAAUUAUAGACCAAUUACUUUGGAUUACAGCUGUAACCAAGUUAGCCCUACUUCUCAGUUUAAAAAGUUUAAAAACAAAAAAUUCAAGAUUCCAGACAGCUGGCAAACACUCAACAAUUCGACCGUCGUUGAAUCAAAACAACUUGAUGACGUCACUUCUAUUGGCAUUAAUGAACUGAAUGAUUGCAAUUCAUCUGAGUCUAGUUCAGACAUCGUAGCCGAAUAUUUGCAGAUUUAUAAGAUUGUUGAAGAUUGCUUCCUAAGUUUACACCAAGACAAGGAUUACAGUAAUGUGUCAAGCUUUAUAAAUGACAUCAAAAAGUAUGAAACUGCUUUGAUUGAUAAGUACAACAAACAAUUCAUGAAUGUUGUCCGCUGGGUUAGGCUUUCUAAAAAUAAAACAAUCUCUCUAAAAGAAAUGGCACACUCAUCUUCCACUUUUGAUGUAAAGAACUUAUUAGGUAUUUUAUUUUCUAAACUAUCAGUUUUGUCAUUACAUUCAGCCCUAAAGAUAAAUGACCAUGAAGUUUUGAACACUUUACUAAAUGAGAACACACGUUAUUUCGAUGAUGUCAAUUGUUUGGGAACUGUUCAUGUAGCUAGUGAUGCAACGAAAACUAUGAACAAAAAGAAAAAUAUUAAAACGUACAACAAGCUUAAAGAUGUUAAAAGGAGAUCAUUGUCAGAUUAUCAUCAGAUUAUCCCAGAUCUCAUUGAAGCAACUAUCAUCAAAUUUUCUUCGAAGUUUUCAUGGCCUUCUCAAUGUUGUAGCUACCUUUCUGAUAUGCAACUGCUAAAAUCUUCAAUGGCCACGUUGUUGGAUGGCGAAUCAUUUGUUGAUCAUUCAGAUCAUAACUCAUUCCAUUCUUCAUCAUCAACAACAACAGCGCCAAAGAAAAUGUCCGAGUCACCGGUGAAAAAAGUUAGUGCUGACGAUGAUGUUUUCCUGCCUCCAGAAGCUCCCGUUAAGAAAGCGCGGAAACCAAAGCCGUUGAAACUCGAGAUAUCCAGGUCAUUAUCAUCACAUACGUUUCUAUCAGACCAACAGGAUGGAUCCAUGAAGAAAGGAAAGAAGUUGAAAUCGAUAGACGACAAGGAACUGAGCGAUAUUCUUGCCGAAACGCUCUCACUGGAAGAUCGUGAAUGUUCGGAAGAGGCAGGUACAAAAACAAGUGAAUCCUGUCUGUCAGCUGACUUGUUGAAAUGUUUCUAUCUUAUGCACCAUGAUCCUCCGAUUGUUCAUUACAGAAACAUUUGCCACUUGCUUGCUCUCUCUUGCAUGAAUGAUGGUCUCAGUAAUGAUGUUCAGGUGGCUUACUAUUUGGCCGAAUCUGUUGCUGUCUCCUUCAGGCACAUGACUCUCGUGAAUAUCAGCAAGAAAAUCAGAAAUUUAUCAGAAGAAUUGGACAAAACUUCACCACCACCAUCGGAAGCCCUAUUACAGGAGAACGUGGAAACACUGCAACAUUUGGAAGUGUGCAAGGAUUACAUCCAGUUCAACAAGGAGUGCCACUACAUCGAACAAUUCAUUGAACACAUUCCUUCCGAUUGGUCGGUGUGCCAGAUAACUUUGGUGAACAUUGAGAAACAGAGGAGGGACCAGCUGAUCCUGACGAGAUUCGUUCAUGGCGAAACCCCUCUCAACAUCCCACUGCCACAUGUCGACGUUGAUGAGCGAAGGACGCUGUUGGAGCAGUUUGAUUGGUUGCUGAAGGAGAACAUGAACACGAUGAAAGUAACAAACAAGAAGGAGUGGUGGGACCGCAGGCAGAGUCUCGAUGAAAAACUUGACGAAUUGUUGGAAAGCUUUGAAAAGGAAUGGUUCUCGUGCUGGAUCGGAGGCUUGAUGGGUCGGUUGGUGGAUGCCAAAAAUGAAGAAGCUAUUGAUAAUGAGGUUCACAAUUUUAUGAAAUCCUUCCCGUUUUGUAACAAGAAACAAACAAGAUUCAUCAAGUGUUUGUUCAAUGGGGCACACCUUCUCGACAACCGACUCAUCCUGCAAGCCCUGCAUUUCCUGGCAAGAACAAGUGGUAAAAGUCAAAGCGUGGAACCAUCUUCGCUGAAACAAUAUUUGCCCCUCGUCCAAUCCAUUGCCAACAAGUUGAAUUUGAAAGAGGCGCUUAGAGGGCCAGUAGUGUUCAUACUGGACAAGCAAAUCCAACACCUCCCCCUCGAGAACAUGCCCAGCUUGAUGAAUGAGAGAAUAACUCGCCAGCUCUCUCUCCACUGUAUGUUCGGUCAGUUGGUCUGUCAGAUGAAACAGGAAAAGUCCAUUUUGAGGCGGGGUGUGAACAGGAGUAGCGUCUUCUACGUUGUCAAUCCUGAUAACAACUUGCCUAGCACUCAAAAAGUUUUUCAAGAUUGGUUUGAGACAAAAGAACCGGAAUGGACUGGAGUCAUAGGUAAACCUCCGACAUCAGAUCAACUCUCUACAAAUCUCUCAACUAAAGAUCUUUUCAUCUACUCGGGACACGGCACAGGAAGCAAAUAUUUGAGUGGUGGCAGUCUGCAAUUGCUGAACUGCAGGUCAGCAGUUUUGUUGAUGGGUUGCAGCAGUGGUAGGCUCUGGACGUAUGGUCAGUUGGAACCAGUUGGAAUGAUUAACCAUUACUUAUUGGCUGGAUCCUGCUGUGUGGUGGCCAAUUUGUGGGAGGUUACAGACAGAGAUAUCGAUCGCUACAUGGAGUCGUUGCUGAAAAAUUGGAUGGCGUGUGGCAAGGAGGAAGAAGAUGGCUCUGAUGAUGAACCAAAAACUUCACCGUCACUACGACCUAAAACAUGUUUGUUAGAAAAUGCGAUUAAAAGCCGUUUGGCAUGUCACUUUCGAUUUUUGAUUGGAGCAGCUCCCGUUGUUUAUGGCUUCCCUAUCAGAGUUGAUUUCAACAAAAACAUCUGACUCUAUCCAAUUAUUUUUAUUUAUAAGAGUAUUGUCGUUGAUACACUCUAAGGUUGUAAAUGUAAAUAGCGAAAAAUCCUAAACAACUUUGUAGUGAUUUUCUUUCUUCUUACUAGGAAGCGUUUAUUUUCAUUACAAAUAAUGAAUGACCAUAAAUUAUUGUUUGUGUUUGUUGC